GAUAAGUAAAGUGAAAAGUGUAAAGUGUAAGUUUAAAGUAGUGCAAUAAAGUGAAGUGUUUUGAAUCAGUAUAACUUGCCUAGUGCUUUCUUCGCGUGCGGAAAGUGUCGUUUUCGUACACAUAUAUCUGUUGCAUGUUAACGCCCGGACCCAAUUGGGAGCUCGACAGCUUGCUUUACAGAUGCCCUGAAUACAUCCCUGCACUACUUAUGCUUGCAAAAACUCACCACCAAUGUUUUGACACACUUCUCACCACGGCGCUGCACGAAAAAAAAAACUUACACAAUUUGAGUAGAUCUUCCAUGGAAGCGGAUGUGUACACCCCUGAGUGGUUUUAUUUCAACGUGUGUGUGGUGAGGCGUUUUGUUAUUUUUCUCCCCCGGCCCCGGGAAACGAAACUUCAUCCGUCAACUGGCUGGUGGCUGCUGCGUGUGUUGUAACAUUCUAGAAAGAUUUUUACAAACAGGACAACAUCUGAGCAGUUCUCUCGGCAAAAUCUUGUUCGAAUCGCUUGAAAUCUUCGUGAAAUAGUGCGUUAUCGGUAGUGCAAGUCGUAGCGGAAAGUGUUCUAACCAUGGUCGAUUACAGCAAGUGGAAGGACAUCGAGAUUUCGGACGAUGAGGAUGACACUCAUCCGAAUAUUGAUACGCCUUCGUUGUUCCGCUGGCGGCACCAGGCUCGUAUCGAACGAAUGGAGGAACACAAACGGGAGAAGGAGAAGUUGGAUGAGAAGAAACGGAUUACUGAGAGGAAGUUGAAGGAAGUCCAGGAGAAGCUGAAGAAGAGCGAUGGAAAUUUGGACGAGCUGAAGAAGAGUAUGGAUGAGCUGGAAAAGGAACAGGCUAGGAUGCGACUGGAGGAAGAUGAGUGGAAGAAGAAGGAUAAGCUUCAACCGUGGAAUGUGGACACCAUUAGCAAGGAAGGUUUCCAGAAGACCGUCAUUAACAAGAGCGCCAUCAAUAGGAAGCAGGAAUUGACAGAAGAUCAAAAGGAAAUGAACUUGAAGGAGUUCAUCAAGGCAAACGAGAAGCAACUGAAACAGUACGGAAUGCUGAGAAAAUAUGAAGAUUCCAAAAAGUAUUUGCGCGACAAUCACAAGCUGGUUUGUGAGGAUACGGCGAACUAUUUGGUUAUCUGGUGCAUUGAGUUGGAGAUGCAGGAAAAGCACGAGCUGAUGGCACACGUCGCUCACCAGUGCAUCUGUAUGCAGUAUAUUUUGGACAUUGCCAAACAGUUAGACGUAGAUCCCCGUGCCUGCUUGGAAUCAUUUUUCCAGCGCAUACAAGUGGCAGAAGCGGAGUACAAAAAUCAGUUCCAGGCGGAAAUCGAAUCGUUCAAGGAGCGCAUCCGGAAGCGGGCUCAGGAGAAGCUACAGAAAGCAAUCGAGGAGCAGGAGGAGGAGGAGCGAAAGGCUCGCUUGGGCCCCGGAGGUCUAGAUCCAGUGGAAGUGUUCGAAUCGCUUCCCGAAGUGUUGCAGAAGUGCUUCGAGACGCGCGACAUCGGUAUGCUUCAGGAGGCGAUGAGCAAAUUGCCAGAGGAAGAAGCUCGCUACCAUUUGAAACGUUGCAUAGAUUCCGGUAUGUGGGUGCCGGAUGGUAACAAGGGCGUGUUAGAUGUCAAGUCGGAGGAUGAAACGGCCGAAGAAGGGGGUGAGAAAUCGGAAGAAGUCAAGAGUGAAGAGGAGAAGAAGGAUAAUGAAUAGUGGUCAUGAUGAUAGCGGGGGUCGGAUGAUGGAAAGGCAGAUAUGCUUGUGAAGUAGGAACUAGGAACACUAAUCUACCUUGUCAGAACAAGCUUUAAUGAAAAAUUGAACUUAUUCUACGAAUGGAGUGUGUUAAGGUAACUCUCCUUUAUCGAAGAACACCCGACUGGAGUGAGUUAAAACGUCUGGAGACUCAUACGAGUCGAACUACCUCAUUUCAGACCUGUCUCAUGUCUCUCUCUAAUCGUAGAAUAAGCAUAAGUCAUUUUCUUUUAUGCUGCAUUCACAUCCUUAAAUCUUCCGUAGAGUAUAUAUGCUUAAUCAAUUUUCCUUUGUCUAAAUAUCAAUGUAACAGUUUUAUACCUGUAUUCUAUUCGUAAAUGUUGAAUAAACCACAUUUUCUUGUAUAAUGCUUCGACACUAAAA